AUGUCGAAACGCCUAGCUGAAGAAGACGCAGAAACUUCAAUUAAUACGAAACGGAUACGAUCCACACAAAAGGAGGGUCAUGUCUCAGAUUGCAACGAUCCUGAAUGCGAAGGCUGCGAUGUUGGCGAAAUCGAAAUCUCAUUCGUUCACAAAGACAAAGACGGCAACGAUCAAACGUCUAAACCCUCAGCCCACGAUCUUUUGUCCAUGGCAGUGACGGAAGCGGAUACAGAUCAAAAAAGCGAGAUUGUUCGUAGACUCUUUGACAUGGCGCUAGAACAGUUUGAAAAAAUCGAACCAGAAGAUCGUGCUGGAUACGCGACGUGUCUGGUUGAACUUGGACGAGCAAUCGACGUGGAAGAAAGCUUACGAGAAGCGCUGGAUAUAUUUCGAGGAAUUGUAAAAAAGGAUGCAUCGGCUAUGACAAGCGAACAUUGGCUUACCAUGGCAAAGGCUGCGACAGGAUUGCUCAUCCUUAUCCGCAAGCGUCUUAAUGGCGGUUUCGAAGAGCUAUUGGAAGAACUCGAAGAGGAUGCUCCUUCUGAAGAGCAGCUCAGAAAAUAUUCACUUAAACGAGAAGAAAUCAACCUAUACAAAGAAGCAGUGAAUGCUACUGAAAAGGCUCUCGCGUCACCGAAUGAUUUGCCCUCGAAAGAAGCACGAUUCGCCCUGCAUGAUCUUCAUUCCUACGCACAACUUUUGGAUCAUCCCCAGCACCUCGAUCAUGUUUCAGCAAUAGCAGAUGUCCUGACGCGAUCCAUUCAACAAUUUUCGUAUCAUAAGGAUGCAGAUCUGCUAGCUCUCAAGGCAUCAACUUUGAUCCACAAACAAAACCUUCUUGCUGACGAUGUUGAGAUUCAAAAGGAACUUUGCAAUGAAAGUGAAAAGCUACUUUUGGAUGCAAACAAGUUCUACAAGGAAGAACACAAGAACGAAUAUCCCCGAGGCUGGGAACUGCUAGCAAUGCUCCAAUUGAACCAAUCGAACCUUCUAGACGAUGAAGAUGAAGUUGUCAAAAAGUAUGAUGAAGCGGUCGAAUCUUUCAAAACGGCACAUAAGCUAAAUCCAGACAAUACUGAACUCGAGAAUAUGGUAAACAUGCUUUCCGGAGAAUCACAGGAAGAGGACGAGGAGGAAGGUGAAGAGGAAUAA